AUGAUGGAGAAGAAUUAUUCCAUCCCAACUGAGUUCAUCCUCUUGGGAAUCACCAGUGAUCCAGAGCUAAAAGUGGUCCUUUUUGUUCUCUUUCUCAUCAUUUAUUUGGUUAUUCUUAUAGCAAAUCUUGGGAUGAUCAUCUUAAUCAGGAUAGACCCCCAACUCCAUUUGCCCAUGUACUUCUUCCUUAGUCACAUGUCCUUCUGUGAUCUCUGCUACUCCACAGCCAUUGGCCCCAAGAUGUUGGUAGACUUCUUUGCCAAAGACAAGACCAUUUCCUUCACUGGCUGUGCUCUGCAAUUCUAUUUCUUCUGUUGCUUUGUAGAUUCUGAGUGCUUAUUGUUAGCGGUAAUGGCCUUUGAUCGCUACAUGGCAAUAAGUAACCCUUUGCUUUAUACAGUAAAUAUGUCUAGCCAGGUUUGCUACUUAUUGAUGGCUGGUGUCUACAUGGUGGGGGUGUUGGAUGCUCUGCUCCAUACUACUUUAACCUUCACACUGAGUUUCUGCAGGUCCAAUGAGAUUAAUCAUUUCUUCUGUGAUGUUCCUCCUCUUUUAUUAAUCUCUUGUUCUGAUAUCCACAUCAAUGAGCUAGUGAUCUUUGCUGUCUUUGGCUUUAUUGAAAUGGUCACCAUUUCAGUGGUCCUCAUCUCUUAUUGUUACAUAAUCUUGUCUGUGUUGAAGAUCCACUCAACUGAGGGCAGAUACAAAACAUUUUCAACCUGUACUUCUCACUUAACUGCUGUCACAAUCUUCCAGGGUACCAUGCUUUUUAUGUACUUCCGGCCUAGUUCUGCCUAUUCACUAGACCAAGACAAAAUGACCUCCUUGUUUUAUACUCUUGUCAUUCCCAUGUUAAACCCCUUGAUCUACAGUUUGAGAAACAAAGAUGUGAAAGGGGCCCUGGGAAAACUGAAAAAUAAAAUAUGUUCUUAA